GGGAAGUGUGACUGUGGGAAGUGUAAAUGUGAUGAAGGCUGGUAUGGUGAAGCUUGUCAGUAUCCAAAUACUUGCAAUCUUACACGGAGGAAAAGCAAUGAAAUGUGCAAGAAUUCUCAAGAUAUCAUCUGUUCUGGUGCAGGCACAUGUCAGUGUGGCAGGUGUAAAUGUGCAAACUCAGAAGGAAAUGGACUGGUCUAUGGAAAAUUUUGUGAAUGUGAUGACAGAGAAUGCAUAGAUGAGGAGACAGAAGAGAUUUGUACAGGCCAUGGAAAGUGUUACUGUGGAAACUGUUACUGUGAGGCUGGUUGGCAUGGAGAUAAAUGUGAAUUCCAGUGUGACAUCACCCCCUGGGAGAUCAAGAAAAGAUGCACAUCUCCAGAUGGCAAAAUCUGCAGCAACAGAGGCACAUGUGUGUGUGGGGAAUGUACAUGCCAUGAUGUGGACCCAACUGGUGACUGGGGAGAUAUUCAUGGAGAUACUUGUGAGUGUGAUGAAAGAAACUGCAAAGCAGUGUAUGAUAGAUAUUCUGAUGACUUCUGUUCAGGUCAUGGACAAUGUAAUUGUGGAAGGUGUGACUGUAAAGAAGGAUGGACUGGGAAGAAGUGUGAACAUCCACGUUCCUGUCCAUUAUCAGUUGAGGAAAGUGCUAAGAAAUGCCAAGGAAAUUCUAAUUUGCCUUGCUCUGGAAGAG